GUCCGGAAGUGCUGGCGGACCACGGGCUGGACCACCGGCCGAACCAGCUGCCCGGGACGGGCUCCGGGUCCCCCAGGUCCACCGCGGUGCUGGAGCCGGACUGGGAGAUGGUCUUCGUGCUGCCGCCUUUGGACUGAGACAGAGUCUCCCUGCAGCUCGGCAAGCCGCCGCCCCCCGGAGGUCAGAAAUAGAACUGCACCUGCCCGGAGUUUACCGGCAGAGGGAGACACGUGACGGGCUUUGUGACGUCAUCGGAUCAAACCGGAGCAAAGGCCGGGAGUCCGAGAGAGAGAGAACGAAUAUUAGUUUUAAAUAAAUGAAAUUAAACUGCGGUGACAAGGGAAUUCUUCCAGUGUGGGGUUAAUAAAGUUUAUAUAAUCAAGUCAAACACUCUUAUUUCAACAUCAGUGAAGCCUUCAGGGCCAUAUCAGCUGCUGUCAGUCAAACUGCUUUUAAUGAUAAAAUCACACUCAUUGAUUGAUGGUGUGUGUGUGUGUUUGCUGGAGUCUGAUUUCUCCUCUUUAAAGUCACAUGACUUAAGGAAGUUUUCAGCUGUUGUACUAAAAUUAACCCUUCAGGUGAUUGGCUGGAAGACUGACACACACAGCCAUCUAGGGUGUGUGUGUGUCACUCAGAACAGCAGUCAGAGGACCACAGGGCAGCAGAUGGCGCUCUCUCAGAUUACCCCCACCCUGUUUCUCAGUGGGGCCGACGCCCCUCUCAAUGCAGCACUGGUGUCGAAGAAAGGCAUCACACUGAUUGUCAAUGCCACACUGAGCCACGCCUGCCCCGCCUACCCAGGGGUGGAGUGCCUGCGGGUCCCUGUGUCCGACCUGCCGAGCGCCCACCUCGGGGAUUACUUUGAUUGGGUGGCUAAGCGUAUCCAUGGUAACUGUGGCGGCGGGACGCUGGUGCACUGUGCCGCCGGGAUGAGCCGCUCUCCAGCGCUGGUGAUGGCGUACCUGAUGCGCUACAGGGGCGUGACACUGCAGCAGGCGCACCACUGGGUGCAGGAGAGCCGGCCCUGCGUCCGGCUGAACGCCGGCUUUUGGGAGCAGCUGCUGCAGUAUGAGAAGAGGCUGUACGGGAGGAACACCGUCAGGGUGGCCCCAGAGCCGCCACCCAGGACACCGCAGCUGGCCAGGCCUCAGCAGCAGAGGGGCCCGUUAACACUGGUGCCCAGGUCACCGCUGAUGUCCCGUGCUCAGGUGACAUCAUCAGCAAGCCAAUCCAGGAGGGGAUCCAAAACCAUCAAAGUCUGAAACUCAAACACCUGGAUCCUCAGAGUGAUCCCUGCACACACCCUGGUCCCUGAACACAGCUGCCUCCCUUCACAACCCGGAUCCCUGAACACACCUGGAUCCCUGCACACACCUGGAUCCCUGAACACACCCGGAUCCCUACACACACCCGGAUCCCUGAACACACCCGGAUCCCUGCACACACCUGCACACACCUGGAUCCCUGAACACACCUGGAUCCCUGCACGCAUCUGGAUCCCUGAACACACCCGGAUCCCUGCACACACCUGCACACACCUGGAUCCCUGCACACACCUGCACACACCUGGAUCCCUGCACACACCUGUCUCCCUGAACGCAUCCGGAUCCCUGAACACACCCGGAUCCCCGCAUACACCUGAAGCAGGUCUCUGAGCAUGCUCAGUUCUUUUCAGUUUUUCCCGGCCCAUUCCCUCUUCAUGUUUACAUUUUGGCCCCGGGCCAUGUGUCAGCUUGGUCCGGCCCUGCUGAGCCCACCUCAGCACCACCAGCAUUAACUAUGUGUUGUUCUUGCUUUGAGUCUAAUGAUGAUUCUGUUCAAAUGUAAAAGUACGAAAUAAAUGUAAUAAAAAA